AGAAAUGGAGGCAGAGGCAAACGAAGCGGCAAAAUCAUCAGGCGUACGUACGAGAGUGCAAAGCUCAGUGUACUGAUCACUGGGGUUUCUGAGCGAGAAGGCGACGUCGGAGUGGUGGAAGAGCCGAAGCGUCCCCGAGUUUCACUGUCGUUCUGCCGUCGUCACCGCUGCUCCUUCCGACGAGGGUCGUGAGGUCAUGACUGACUUUGUUUGUGGCUUGGAGAAGGGCCUGCCAUAUGAGAAUAUGGUGAAAGCAGGCCAAAGUGAGAACCUUGAGUUUAAGUGGGGUAAGAAGAAAGGAGUUGGUGGGAAGAACAAGGAGGUCCAGUUUUAUGAAUCUUAUAGUUUCGAUGGCGUUGACUACGCUCUUUAUGAUUCCGUUUACCUAUAUGAGGAAGAGGAGCCCGAGCCAUUUAUCGGGAAACUUAUAAAGAUUUGGGAGAAUGCAAAUAAAACUAAAAGAGUAAAGAUUCUAUGGUUUUUCCGCCCUUGUGAGAUUCAAAAUUACCUUGGAGCUGAAGAGGUGCCCGAGAAUGAAUUGUUUCUCGCUUCCGGUGAAGGGGUGGGCCUUGCGAAUGUCAACCCCCUGGAAGCAAUUGCUGGAAAAUGCAACGUUACAUGCAUCUCAAAGGAUGAAAGAAACCCCCAACCAUCAGACAAGGAGCUUCAUAUGGCUGACUUCAUAUUCUAUCGAAGUUUUGAUGUUGGGCAGUUGAAGAUAUCAGACAAGAUAAAUGAAAAAGUCGCUGGAAUAGAAGCAAAGUUUGUGUUUAAUAAAACUGGGAGUCACAAGUCUGAUGGCAUUGUGAAAGAUAAUCCAAUCACCAAAGAAGACAAGAAAGAGGGUAGCCGAAAUAUUGAAGUGAUUGAUAAGUCUGAAGUCCCUGCAAGGUUCAUCACACCCGAUGAAAGGAGAUAUGUGAAAGAAAAUGAAAAAUGUGAGGAUGGUCUCAAGAGAGGAGACGUGAGUUUAGAAUCUUCGUUGGUCAUAGAUAGAUCUCAAAAUGAACAAACCUCGCCAAAGAUCAAUGCAGGUUUAGAUGGGAGCAAGGCCAGAUUUGGUGUCAAUCUUGGUAAUAAUGCUGAAGUUGAGGAGCAAAUAAAAUCUCUGGAGGACCUUGAUGAUGAUGAGAGACCACUGAAGAAAGUCAAACUUAAUGUUUCUACAUGUAAAUUGACAAAGGGAGGGGGCAAGAAUAGUGAUAAGGUUUCAACAAACAAGUUCGAUGGCAUGGAAAAGGCAUCAAGGAAAGCCCUCAUUAAACCAAAAAGCGAAUCCAAACAUCUCAGUCAACCUGUUGAGAGAAAAGUAGGGCCAUCAACUAAGAAGCCCCCGGAGAUGUGGAUGCUUUCCAAUGCCAAGUCGACUAAAACCUACCCUAAAAAUCUGUUCAGUGAGGAGGAUAAAAAUGAUUACCAGACAAAAGAAGUUACUCAACGAUCCAAUGUUGACAAUAUGAGCAAGUGGUUCACAAAGCUUCCUUGGGAAGAACGAAUGGCAGCUGCGCAAAAGCGGGGAAUGCUAGUCCUAAUUUGGGAUUUGGAUCCAGGAUACACCUCGACGGAAGUAGAGGAUAUAGUUUGGCAUGCCUUGAAAUUGAAUUGCACUGCCAAGAUGAUUCAGCACACUGCAAUCUCUAGCCCUCAUUCCGGUGAAGCUUUUAUAAUAUUUAGAACAAGGGAAGCAGCGGAGAGGGCUCUCAAGAAAUUAGCUGAGGGUUGCUUAUUGCUACCUAAUGGAAGGCCUCUCAUUGGUUGCAUUGGAAAUCCUGCCUUCCCUGGCAAGCGACCGACUUUUCACGGCCAUCUUGUCCUUACAAACUCUAGGAACUCUCUUAAUCGAGAGAGAGAAGUUGUGUCUUCCUCGCACUGCGCACAAGCUAACACAAUAGAGUUUGAGAUGGCCAUGGAAUGGCAUUUGCUGCAAGAAAGAUGGGACCAUGCAUGGCAGUUACUGUAUAAGAAACAAAGGGAGGAGCUGAGAAAACUCAAAGGCUGUUUGAGGUCUAAAUGAUGGCGAUGCCGAUACCAUUCAAACUUCAGCUAUUAGCAUUUUGAAGCGGGUAACUUUGGACUGGCUGCCUUGGUGGAUCAGACAAACUUUUGGAUGUACCAGCUUUAGAUAAGUUGUGCUGCUUAACUGCUGCCAUUUUGGUGAGCUCGGGAACCAGCUUCUCUUUUCCCUGUCAAGAACGAUCUCAGCUUCUGCUGUAUUGGAUGACAAGUGUAAGUUGUAUAUACAAUCCUUUAGCUAACUGGAAGUUAGUUGCUUCUGCAUAAAGUUUUUUAUUCUUUGCGGCAGUUAGUUAAUGGUGCUAGCAAGGCCUCCAUUAACUCUCUAAUGCGUUGAAAUUUAGGUUUAACUAAAGGACAAACUGAUGAAAAGUCUCAUUUUCUUUUCCUUGUCCCGUCCAAUGGCCAUUUCGAUCUUCAUCUUCAAAGGGAACUCUGAAGCAGGGCGUGCCAGAAUUUUGGUUCCCGGCUCUGGUUAGGCAAUGGGUAAGAUAACUGGCCCUGCCUCUGUCCAUUCCCAUUCCUAAACCAUUUGUGGGUUGAUGUUAAAGAAGGAUCAUUGAUGGCUACAAGAAAACAAGCAUACAAUGUAUGUAACUUCUAACCCGAAAGAGGUUGGCUGAAAUGGUAAGGGAGUAUACUGGUGUUCCAGAAA